CUUCAAUGGGAGGUUCUGGCACACACUGUGCCAACUGAAAAUGAUACACUAUCAUGUUCUACCUCAUUUAUGCUGUACGGAUUAUGUUUGGCUGUAGUCAGGAAAUUGUGAAUACGCAUGCGCUGGAAGACGUCUCGUCUGACUGCUGAUGUCAGCACACAGAGUCAGUUUGUUUCUUUCCGGUCUGGUGAAUAGUUAGACGACGUACGCUGAACUGAAUAUUUAUAUUAAAUAAUAAUGGACCAGGAGUUUAAAGAUAUGGAUUCUGUGGGUCAGUGGUCGAGUCUUUACAUGGAGAUUCGGAGCCAAUCCCAGGACUGUCCAUAUAAAGUGGCUAAGUUUCCAGAGAAUCAAAACCGAAACAGAUACAGAGAUGUCAGCCCUUUUGACCACAGUCGUGUUAAACUACAAAAUGCAGAAAAUGAUUAUAUCAAUGCCAGUUUGGUUGUAAUGGAAGAAGCCCAAAGAAGCUACAUUUUAACACAGGGUCCACUUCGUAACACUUGUGACCAUUUCUGGUUGAUGAUAUGGGAACAAAAGAGCAGAGCUGUUAUAAUGCUGAACAGAGUCAUAGAGAAAGGAUCAGAAAAAUGUGCACAAUACUGGCCAACAAGCAAAGAUCAUGAAAUGAUUUUCUCGGACACAGGAUUUCAUGUAACGCUGUUGUCCGAAGAUGUUAAAUCUUACUACACAGUACGAGUACUGGGAUUGGAAAAUAUGAGUACUGGAGAAACCCGAGAGAUAUAUCACUUUCAUUAUACCACUUGGCCAGAUUUCGGAGUUCCAGAAUCUCCUGCUUCAUUCCUUAAUUUUCUGUUUAAAGUCAGGGAGACUGGCUGUCUCAGUUCAGAGCAUGGGCCUGCCGUGGUUCACUGCAGUGCUGGAAUUGGACGCUCUGGGACAUUCUCACUGGUAGACACUUGUAUUCUUUUGAUGGACAAGAGGAAGGAUCAUUCCUUUGUGAACAUAAAGAAGAUAUUACUUGACAUGAGAAAAUACAGAAUGGGACUUAUCCAGACACCAGAUCAACUUAGAUUCUCAUACAUGGCUGUAACAGAGGGCGCAAAGUACAUAAUGGGAGAUUCCUCUGUACAGGCUCAGCCCAUCGCUACCACCCCUGCGCUGACCCGGGAGCGUCGAAGCGCGUGCCAUCAGCCGACUGCUGCUUUUCAGUCCGCAGGCCAGCCCAGAGCUACAGCGUCGGAGGACAACGCAGUUCUGGGCACCUUACAGAAGCAGUGGAAAGAGCUUUCUAAAGAAGACCAAGAACCUGUCUCCUAUUCUGCCCCCUCUCAACCUCCCAAACACACAACUGAGAAGUUCAACGGGAACAGCAUGCCUCAUUUAGAGGAAGACGAUCCUGAAGUUAAAAGAAUGACUACAACACACAUAUCCAGUAAAGUGCAGGAUAAUGAUGGGAACAUAGGAAGUGUUCGCAAACGACGACACAGAGAAGACAGGAUAUCAAGCACUGCACAGAAGGUUCUGCAAAUGAAACAGAAGUUAAGUGAAGCAGAGAGAAAAAGAAAAAGGCCGAGAAUGACUGACACCUAACAUUGGAACCUCUGACUGUCUGGUUGACUGAUGCACAAUGAAAGACCUGAAAUUAACUUCGGAAACAGAGUGAGGUCAUCUGCAGAGUGAAAAGACUUGCAUCUUAACUGUUUACAACAUAAACUUCUGCAUUCUUUGGAUGAAAAAACUUAAAACACCAGCAUGAGACUUCAGCUAAUUGGAGUACACCAUGUAUUAUCUCAUUUUUUUCUUUUCUAUUGCUUGUAUACACAGUUUAUUAAUUACAGAAAGUGGUUGUGCAGUACCAAUUUGUAACAUUGUACCUUUUUAUAAGUGUUAGCAGUGAAAUGUUCUCUAUUAUACUUUUUUUUUUUUUGCAUUACUGCCACAAAAAUAAAAAAAUUGAAAAUGUG